UCCAGGCGGUUCUGGGUAAGCUUCUGUUCUGAGCUGCAGAACGCAGACUUCGGCUGGACUCGACGGAGGUGACAGCUGCGCUCCCUCCUGAGAGUUUCGGGUCCUUCAGUCUUUUCGGUGUCCAGGGCCGGAGUGACUCUGACUCUUUCAGUUUGCUUUGCCCCCAUGUGUACCAGAAUCAGUGCUGCAUAGUUUGACCCUGAUAGGAUUGACUUUACAAAUGAGACAUUUAAGUCACAUCUACCAAGAAGUAUAAUUUGAAUGAAACUUUAACUUAUACUAAGUUUUCAGAUAUUUUUAACCUGAGUUAUCAGCUGUCUACAGUUAUUCAUAACCUGAGGGGUGCAUGACCCUGAAGGGGAGGGAUAAGAACUGCGGCUCUUAGAUGCUCUGAGAACCCACUGCUGUAUAAUCAUAGCUGUGAAAUCAUUCACGUGCUGGCAGCCCCAAAGGGAGCAUAAACCAGGGACUUUGAUAUCAUGCAGCAGAAGAGCAAAUUAUUUCUCCAAGCUUUGAAGUAUAGUAUUCCUCACCUUGGGAAAUGCAUGCAGAAACAGCAUUUGAAUCACUGUAACUUCGCUGAUCAUUAUUACAAUAGAAUAAAAUUGAAAAAAUAUCACCUAACCAAGUGUCUGCAGAGUAAACCCAAGAUAUCAGAGUUAGCAAGAAACAUCCCAAGUCGGAGCUUCUCGUAUAAGGAUUUUCUGCCUAUUAAACAAGAAAACGAAAAAUCCCUUUCAGAAAAUAUGGAUGCAUUUGAAAAAGUGAGAACAAAAUUAGAAACACAGCCACAAGAAGAAUACGAAAUCAUCAAUGCAGAGAUUAAACAUGGCGGUUUUGUUUAUUAUCAAGAAGGUUGUUGCUUGGUUCGUUCCAAAGAUGAAGAAGCAGACAAUGAUAAUUAUGAAGUUUUGUUCAAUUUGGAGGAACUUAAAUUAGACCAGCCCUUCAUUGAUUGUAUCAGAGUUGCUCCUGAUGAAAAAUAUGUAGCCGCCAAAAUAAGAACUGAAGAUUCUGAAGCGUCUACCUGUAUAAUUGUGAAGCUCAGUGAUCAGCCUGCAAUGGAAGCUUCUUUCCCAAAUGUGUCCAGUUUUGAAUGGGUAAAAGAUGAAGAAGAUGAAGAUGUUUUAUUCUACACCUUCCAGAGGAACCUUCGCUGUCAUGAUGUAUAUCGAGCCACUUUUGGUGAUAACAAACGUAAUGAACGUUUUUACACAGAAAAAGACCCAAGCUAUUUUGUUUUCCUUUAUCUUACAAAAGACAGUCGUUUCCUCACCAUAAAUAUUAUGAACAAGACCACUUCUGAAGUGUGGCUGAUAGAUGGCCUAAGCCCUUGGGACCCACCAGUACUCAUCCAGAAGCGAAUACAUGGGGUCCUUUACUACGUUGAACAUAGAGAUGAUGAAUUAUACAUUCUCACUAAUGUUGGCGAGCCUACAGAAUUCAAGCUAAUGAGAACAGCAGCUGAUACCCCUGCUAUUAUGAAUUGGGAUUUAUUUUUCACCAUGAAGAGAAAUACCAAAGUUGUAGACUUGGACAUGUUUAAGGAUCACUGUGUUCUAUUCCUGAAGCACAGCAAUCUGCUUUAUGUUAAUGUGAUUGGUCUGGCUGAUGAUUCAGUUCGGUCUCUAAAGCUCCCUCCUUGGGCCUGUGGAUUCAUAAUGGAUACAAAUUCGGACCCAAAGAACUGCCCCUUUCAGCUUUGCUCUCCAAUACGUCCCCCAAAAUAUUACACAUAUAAGUUUGCAGAAGGCAAACUGUUUGAGGAAACUGGGCAUGAAGACCCAAUCACAAAGACUAGUCGUGUUUUACGCCUAGAAGCCAAAAGCAAGGAUGGAAAGUUAGUGCCAAUGACGGUUUUCCACAAAACGGAUUCUGAGGACUUGCAAAAGAAACCUCUCCUGGUACAUGUAUAUGGAGCUUAUGGAAUGGAUUUGAAAAUGAAUUUCAGGCCUGAAAGGCGGGUGUUAGUGGACGAUGGAUGGAUAUUAGCAUAUUGCCAUGUUCGGGGUGGUGGUGAGUUAGGCCUCCAGUGGCACGCUGAUGGCCGUCUAACUAAAAAACUCAAUGGCCUUGCUGACUUAGAAGCUUGCAUUAAGACACUUCAUGACCAAGGCUUUUCUCAGCCAAGUCUAACAACCCUGAGUGCUUUCAGUGCUGGAGGGGUGCUUGUGGGAGCAUUGUGUAAUUCUAAUCCAGAGCUCCUGAGAGCUGUGACUUUGGAGGCACCUUUCUUGGAUGUUCUCAACACCAUGAUGGACACUACACUUCCUCUGACACUAGAAGAAUUAGAAGAAUGGGGGAAUCCUUCGUCUGAUGAAAAACACAAGAACUACAUAAAACGUUACUGUCCCUAUCAAAAUAUUAAACCUCAGCAUUAUCCUUCAAUUCAUAUCACAGCUUAUGAAAAUGAUGAACGUGUACCUCUGAAAGGAAUUGUAAACUAUACUGACAAACUCAAGGAAGCCAUUAUGGAGCAUGCUAAGAACACUGGUGAAGGCUAUCAGGCCCCCAAUAUUAUCUUAGAUAUUCAGCCUGGAGGCAAUCAUGUGAUCGAGGAUUCUCACAAAAAGAUUACAGCCCAAAUUAAAUUCCUGUACGAGGAACUUGGACUUGACAGCACCAGUGUUUUCGAGAAUCUUAAGAAAUAUCUAAAAUUCUGAAACGCUGCAUUCAAUGGGAAUUGGAAACACACUGAAAUAUUUCAUAGUCUUAUUUCCAAUUGGGUU